AGGAGGGGGAGGGGCACAUUGACCUUCUGCAACCUGCAUCAGGUUCGCCCCCUCCUCAUCCCCUCGCGGGCUGCUUGGGCCUUCAGCUUCUCUUGUGGCGUGUCUGCAGCUCUUUUUAUUGAAACAUUAGAGAAAAGUAGAUUCAAACCCAUGAUCAAAACAGUCACCACGAAAGACAAACCCUGCUCAGCCCGUGUUGUACAAAAUGAAAAGGUGAGCCCUCUUCCGGGGCGCAGGGUCCGGACAGCUCGGGGCCACCCUCCCAGGCCGCGCAGCUCUGGCUGGGGGCUUUUUUCCGGCUGGAUUCACCCUGCGAUUGGAAACCAAGUGGACUGUCCUGCAGCCCAGACAAGCCCAGUGACUUUUGUGCUUUUAAUUCUGAUAAAUGUGCCUGCUUUAGAAAAUGUUUAAUUAUGUUAGAAGCAACUUAAACUGUUGGACGCGUACGGCUCUCAGAAGUUUUGGUGAAUGUGGCUUUGGCCCUGACUUUGUGGUAGCGUGUGUGGGUUUGUGAGUGGAACCUUCAGCUUUACGUUGGAAACCGUGGCUGUGGACAGCUGGACUUUUGGCUGUGGAGGUCACGUCCCUGCCCGAUGUGGUGGGUGCCUCCGAGUCCCUACCGUUCUCUUCCCUGUGCCCUGCCAGGGGAUGCGGGAGAGAAGGGAGACAAAGGCGCCCCAGGACGGCCUGGAAGAGUCGGCCCCACGGGAGAAAAAGGAGACAUGGGGGACAAAGGACAGAAAGGCAGUGUGGGUCGCCAUGGAAAAAUCGGUCCCAUUGGCUCUAAAGGUGAGAAAGGAAAUUCUGGUGACAUAGGACCCCCUGGUCCUAAUGGAGAACCAGGCCUCCCGUGUGAGUGCAGCCAGCUGCGCAAGGCCAUCGGGGAGAUGGACAACCAGGUCUCUCAGCUGACCAGCGAGCUCAAGUUCAUCAAGAAUGCUGUCGCCGGUGUGCGCGAGACGGAGAGCAAGAUCUAUCUGCUGGUGAAGGAGGAGAAGCGCUAUGCGGACGCUCAGCUGUCCUGCCAGGGCCGUGGGGGCACGCUGAGCAUGCCCAAGGACGAGGCUGCCAAUGGCCUGAUGGCCGCAUACCUGGCGCAAGCCGGCCUGGCCCGUGUCUUCAUCGGCAUCAACGACCUGGAGAGGGAGGGCGCCUUCGUGUACUCCGACCGCUCCCCCAUGCGGACCUUCAACAAGUGGCGCAGUGGUGAGCCCAACAAUGCCUACGACGAGGAGGACUGCGUGGAGAUGGUGGUCUCGGGCGGCUGGAACGACGUGGCCUGCCACACCACCAUGUACUUCAUGUGUGAGUUUGACAAGGAGAACAUGUGAGCCUCAGGCUGGGGCUGGCCACUGGGAGAGCCCAUGAGCCUCCAGCUGGGGCUGCUUACUGGGGGCCCCACGUGUCCCUGCAGGGUUGGCAGAGACAGAGCCCAGACCACGGUGCCAGCCGGGGAGCUGUCCCUCUGUGAAGGGCGGAGGCUCACUGAGUAGAGGGCUGUUGUCUAAACUGAGAGAAUGGCCUGUGCUUAAGAGGAAAAUGAAAGUGUUCCUGGGGUGCUGUCUCUGAAGAAGCCUAGUUUCAUUACCCGUAUUGUAGCCCCAAUGUCAUUAUGUAAUUAUUAUCCAGAAUCGCUCUUCCAUAAAGCUCGUGCCUUUGUCCAAGCUAUACAAUAAAAUCUUUAAGUAGUGCAGUAGUUAAGUCCAAA